CUCCUGAUCUGAUAUCACUGAAACCCCUCCUUGGUCUCUGUCUUUUAUCCUCAACUAUAAUAUCCGAGUUUCAUCAUCAUGGCGCCUCCAGUGGACUACUACAAGGUCCUUGAAGUCGACUCCAAAGCAACACAACAGCAGAUCCGGGAUGCCUACAAGAAAGCGGCCCUGAAGCACCACCCUGACCGGGUACCAUCCGAUUCCCCCGAACGCGCAGCCCGCACAAAGAGGUUCCAGUCCAUCAAUGACGCCUAUUACACGUUAUCCGACCCCACGCGACGACGUGAUUACGAUUCAGCACGUUCUUACAACCCCUUCACUGGGUCCACCGCAACACCUGAGUCUGAGUACGCUGAUGAUACGGCCAACCAAAACACGGGUGGUGGCUUUGGAGGCGGCUUCCCCUGGUCCGCGUUCGGCUUCGGCAGCGCACCUGCAGGCAACACCGAGGACUCGCAUAACAAGUUCUCCGAGGAGCAGUUUGGUGGUAUCUUCGAGGAAAUGUUGCGGGAAGAAGGCAUGGCGGAAGGUCAAAACGCGGCGCCGACGGGCAAGUUCUGGAGCAUCGUUGGCGGGUUGAGUGGCGCCGCAAUGGGGUUCAUCGUUGCAAAUUUCCCAGGCAUGAUGGCUGGUGCUGUGGCGGGCAAUAGAUUGGGCAACGUGAGGGAUGCGAAGGGCAAGAGUGUCUACAGUGUAUUCCAGGAGCUGCCGCAGGCGGAUAAGGCAAGGAUGCUCACUGACCUUGCGGCGAAGGCGUUUUCAUCCGCUUUGGGGUGAGGAGGUGUAAGUUAGUGGAUGAAGGGCUGGGGGCGAGCAGGGUGGUGAACUGUAUGAAUGAUGAUAUCCUUAUUUUCUCAGAAUGCGGCAUGUACAAGCAUGCUUGGUUUAUUAGAUAGAACUACGGACGUUUGAACGCUGGAAGUGGCUUGUUCGUUAUUGUACAAUUGAGCCAGAUCGACCUGAGUCUGCGUGAGUGUAUGUUUGAUCUCAACUACAACCCCCAUCUCACACACGCAAAUU